CAAUUUAGUACAACAUGAAAACCUUUAUUAUCCUUUCACUUGUGGCAGUUGCCCUCGCCGCUCCUCAGGGACAGCAGGAGGUCAUACCGAUCCUUCGUCAAGACAGCGACUCUUCACCAGACGGUAGCUUCAGAUACUUCUAUGAAACCGGUAACGGUAUAGUUGCUGAGGCUAAUGGUGCUCUCAGAAAUAUCGGCGCUGAAGAACAAGCCUUACAGGUUCAAGGAAAUUUCCAAUACCAAAGUAAAGACGGCAGUACAAUUCAACUGUCCUAUAUCGCUGAUGAGAAUGGAUACCAACCCCAAGGAAGCAUCCUCCCCACACCACCUCCAAUCCCAGUUGAAAUUCAACGUGCUUUAGAAAUUCUCGCCACGGCAAAGCCCCAAACUCAAUAG